UCAACUGGCAGGAUACAUCACACACACAGGAAAAAUGAAAAACACCUGCCUCUGCUAAUGUGAAACAUUAACAUGCUGUCUCUGCAGUUGAGAUAAAAUGAUACGCACCACAUGUCCCUCUGCUCUCAUUCUAAUCUGUCUCUCAGGCAUUUUCUCUGGAUUAGGCAUAUCUGUGUGGCAAACACCUGGGAUAGUAAGAACAAAGGAGGGCGCAAAUGAGAACAUCACCUGUCACAUUAAACCGGAGUCAAAAGCAGAACGAAUAAUGGUUUUGUGGUUGAAAGAUAAUCAAACUGAAGCAAUAUAUCAUUCUAGCUAUCUAUUCCCUACGUAUGGAUCUGUGUGUAUUAACGUGACACUACACCUGCAGUCAAUACAUCUGAAUCAUAGUGGCAUAUAUUACUGCAAAGCAUGGACAGAUUUACCUAUACUUGGACCUGAUGAAUAUGGAAAUGGGACAUAUGUUUAUGUGGGUUCUUCUUACAUCGUAUUAUUUGUAGUGUCUACUUCAACACUUGGGACUACCCCAGCUCCAACAAACCCUAAUGUGGACACAGUGAUGUGGUCACUGCUGUCAGGGUUGUGUAUUCUUCUGCUGAUUAUCUGCAUUGCCUGUGUCAGUCAAAUAUAUAACAAAGGACACCACAGAAGUGAACACAUAUUGGCAAAAGACCUAGCUGAUGCUGCCAGUGGAUCUCAGUGCCCUGUCACUGCUGAAACUGUUGUUGUUUAUACUGCACUGAACUUUCCAAAAACUCGAGACAGUGUGAAAACAAGAAAUGAGAAUUAUCCAGCACCCACCACAGUGACCUGCACUGAAGAUUCAGUGACAUACUCUAAAGUUAACAUAAAGAGAGGACCAAAGGAUGAAGGUUGAUUUUUCUAGAUUAUUAUUUGACUUGGCCUGUAUUUUGCUCACAGUGUAGAUUUAUUAACCUUAUAUCUCUUGACAUUGCAUAUUUAUUGUUAGACAUUCAAUUACAUUUUGAGCUCAGAGAAAAGCUUUGUGAUCAUUCUGGUUAUUAAACUAAAAGCUUGAAACAUAGUUUUGUGAAGAUAUUCCUGUAAAAAAAAAGUUAGUUUUUCUUUUUUAAAUAUUGAAUCUUUAAUUUCAAAGUGCACAAAUCUCUUUUAAGCACUAUAGCCACACUUAUGACGCAGCAAAAUUUGAGUUCUUCUUUUCUCAUCAGUGUAGGACUGUGUAAUUCGCCCACUCAGUCAAGAAAUUACAAAGUGAGGAAGAUAAAAUAAACACAACAGUUUAUAAUAAUAAACCUAUAAAACAAUGUGUAUAAUUACCUACAUACAAGCUAUGCAGGGAAGUGUGGAAUUUUCCUGUAAAUGGAACAUGUUGCCUAGGCCUUAUUAGGUUUAAACAGAUUUAUUAAUUUUCUUUAAAUAUUUUCUCAAAGAAGACCAAAAUCUUCAGGUUUCAAGGCAAAAAUGUAUUUCUUCAGUCUUCUGUGUGAUCAGAUUAUGUUUGGUCUUUAGUGAUGCAUAUGGAAAAACUUUAUUGAAUGCUUUAAAAAAUAUAAUUUGAGAAAAAGCAGUGGAAACCCUAUGGAACAGCUAUAAUCGUGUGUUUUAUGCUAAAAAGUGGCAACAUGCAAUUGUUACCUUAAGGAGCUAUUUCUACCUGACCUAACCCUUAAAAUGGUUUUGCUCAUGUAGCCUAAUAUAGUCCGGUUAUUUCUGACAUGUUAAAUAAUAUUUUUGACUUGAAUCAAACUAGUUAAUUUAGAUGUUACCACUAAGCACUUUUAUUUCAGUUAAUUUAUUUUUAGAUCAGUUCU